UCUCUGCUUCACUCUUAUGGAGUUAAUGGGAAUUUUGGCGUGGUGAAGGCACAUCCCUGAUGGAACAAAGGUUUAUGUCAAGAACUGUCAAAAUAUUGGAAUAUUGACUUAAAUGUGCUUAUAGUUUUUUACACAAUGGACUUUUAGUAAAUAUAAAGCCACGAUUUCAUCCAAGGAAUAUUUUACUCCGACAUUUAUAAUGUCAUCCGUACAAAGGGCUUUUACUCAGAAAUUGAGUAAACAGCAUGCAGCUGACGUUAGACGUCAGAUUGCUAGUUCUACCUCAUAUUCACGUGAUCUGUCUAAGAGUGGCAGCUCAUUCUCAGGCUUUUCUUCAACGAUGUCACUAUGUGAGGUACUGGAGCCAUUAGACUAUGAAGAAUUCUUAGCUCAACAUCAGUCUGUUCUUGAUCGAGAUCCUCUCAAAUCAAUAUUAGACUUUCCACCUGAGGAUGUUGAGCUAAAAGUAAUAAACAGAAAAAUUCGAACAGAAGAACCAAUUGUUCCCCAUGAAUCCUUGGAUACAGUAUCUCCUUAUGUUAGAAGGUGUAUCGACAGUUUUACUUCUGACUGGGUUAUAGUUCACAGGAAGUACAAGCGUAGAGUGUCUCCUAUUGCAAGAGACAGAUUACUGCAGGAUACCCCAAGACAAGAUUUCGAGGUGGAUCAAGAGGACACAAAUGAUUCAGGAUCACCGAAUGAAGAAGAGGAUCUAUCAAGCUCUGGUGAAACACCAAGGGGAUCUUGGGCAAGUUUGGACUUAAGACAUUCUCAACACGAUCCUCUUCUCCCGAGCUUGUUGGACCGGGUCUGUCCAGAAACUAUCGAUCAAAUGAACGAACAGAAGAGAUCGGAAGAUCGUCAAGAAGCAUUGUUUCCACUUUAUGCACCUCCAGCUUCCCCAGAUGAUGAGUGGCAAGAGAUUAGUCCAGCACCGGAGCCUUCCGAACCUUUUGCCCAUAAGAUUCUUGUUAAAUGUCUUCAAUUGAAAUUAGAAUUGGAAGUUGAACCGAUUUUUGCGAGUCUAGCAUUGUACGAUGCCAAAGAAAAGAAGAAGGUAUCCGAGAACUUUUACGUGGACAUGAAUUCAGAGGGUUUGAAAAGAAUGCUUGGAAGUCACAUUGCAUACAGUGAUGCCAGCACCUUGGCAAGAAGCUGUGUGAUGAGUAUCAAUAAACCAAGUCCAGAUUUGUUUUUAGUUGUCAGACUUGAGAAAGUAUUGCAAGGUGAUAUAUCAGAAUGUGCUGAGCCAUAUUUGCGCGAGGAUAAGAAUAAAGAUAAAGUGAGAGCAGCAGCAACAGCUGCAUGCGAGCGAUUGGGUCGAUAUAGAAUGCCAUUUGCAUGGACUGCCAUCCACCUUUCUGGAGUAAUAGGAGGUGGUGGAGACACGGAUAGCACCGGGAGUGCUGGAUCUUUGGACAGAAAAUCAGGUGGAUUGGAACAGUGGCGUAAAAAGGUAGAACCCCCAACUAGAAGGGGCUCACUAGAAAGAAGAAGUUCUGACAAAAGACGCAGUUGGUCACCUGAUGACUUUGCUAAUUGCCUGGACACAUUUAGGCCUAUCACGUUGACCGUGUCAAGUUUCUUUAAGCAAGAAAGUGAACGUCUAAGAGACGAAGAUCUUUACAAGCUUUUAGUUGAACUACGAAGACCAGGUUCUAAUUUGAAACGAUUAAAAUGUCUACCAGGUAUUCUGAAAUUGGACCUUAGUCCAAGACCAGAAGAAUUGCCCAGGUGUUUAGACCCUGACCUCAGGAGAUUGAUACCGUACCCGGAUGAGAAAAGUAGACCAGUUAAAGAGAUAUUAGAGUUUCCAAGUGAAGUUAUUUCUCCGGAUUUAACCUAUCGUAAUCUUCUUUAUAUCUAUCCGAAGGAAGCAAAUUUCAGCUCUAGAACUGGCUCUGCUCGAAACAUCGCCGUGAGAAUUCAACUCAUGGGCGGUGAACAAGAAGCUGAUGCUCUUACAGCUAUUUUUGGAAGAUCAUCCUGCCCUGAAAUGACUCACGAAUGCUUUACUUCCGUAUCCUAUCACAACAAGAAUCCAAACUUUUAUGACGAAGUGAAAAUUCGACUCCCUGCCGACCUGAGUGCAAAGCACCACUUAUUAUUCACGUUUUACCACAUCAGUUGCCAAAAGAAAGCGGAGCAACCGAACGUGGAGACUGCUGUAGCAUACACGUGGUUACCACUUCUGAGAGAUGGACACUUGCAAUCUGGAGAGUUCAGUCUUCCAGCAAUGCUGGAUCCACCUCCACCAAAUUACUCGUACAUCGCCCCUGAUGUUCUACUACCUGGUACAAGAUGGGUAGACGCACACAGAGGCGUUUUUACAGUGAUUUUGGAACCUGUCUCCAGUGUACAUCCGCAAGAUAAAUACAUAGAUAGGUUCUUGUCAUUGUGUGGUUACUUGGAAACUGGCCAAGUGCCUCCGCGAAUUGGCGAGGCAGGAAUGGAGUCAGAAUUAAAAUCAGCCCUGCUGGAAUUGGCAAGGGCGUCACAUUCUGCUUUAGUACGAUCUCUACCUCAACUUCUGGAUCAAUUAAUAUCUCUGCUAGUACGGCCCCCGACAUUACCGUCUCAACCACUGAACGUGGCGGCCACAAUUUUCGAGGCUAUAGGUCUGUUGGUACGAAACAUUACCAAUUUGCCAGAUGGCCAAUUGGACGCCCACGGAAGACACGCGCUUUUGGCUACAUACGUCGCUUAUCAGUGCUCCUUGCCAAGGAUGACACACACCCAGGGCAUCGUCCGAGCUCAGAGCAACCCUGAUCUACCUCUGGAGGACUUAGAGAUGGAAGUGCACUCCAGAGGACUGGAUCGAACCGCGUCGAUGCGUCAGGAAUCACCCUCGAUAAACAAUCAACCAACGAGGAGACUUCUGCACGAAGAGUUAGCUUUGCAUUGGGUCGUGUCUACGGGCCAGGCACGUGAAUUGGCAGUCACGUACUCUUGGUUCUUCUUGGAAUUGAUAGUUCGUUCCAUGGUAGUGACGUUGGCAGAAAUGGACAUACUGGAGGCUCCACGUAAAUCCAGAUUCUCUCCUCAAUUCUGCGACGACGUGGCUACACUCACAGCCGCGUUAACGUCCGAGGUGAUAUCCCGUUGUGGAAAGGAGAACAGGGUACCCAACAAUCUGAUAUCGAGUCUCGGUAACUUCCUCUCUGAUUUGCUGUCAGUGAUGGACAGAGGAUUCGUCUUGUCCUUGAUCAGAGCUGCAUGUUGCUCUCUAUCGGAUGCAUCUAUGCACAUCCCUGAUUCGGCUGCCCUUUUCGCACUGAAACUCGAUCUUGUGCGAACGGUAUGCUCCCAUGAACACUACGUGGCGUUGAAUCUUCCCUUUGGGACUGGAUAUACAUCAGGAUCGGCGCCCGCAUCGCCUAGUCCAUCAACGGGGAGCUCAGGUAGCUUGAUAUCCACUUUGGUACCUGGAGACCGAGCCAGAUUCUCGGAACUCAGUCAGGAAUUUCGGCAGCAACACUUCUUGGUGGGCAUCGUCCUAUCAGAUUUGUCCAACACUUUGGAAAUACCCAAUCCUAUGCUUCAAAACAAAGCUAUCGGGACCGUUCGCCAUCUUAUGGCCUACCAUGACGCGGAUUCGAGGUAUUCCGACCCCUCUGCGAAAGCUAGAGUCGCUGCACUGUAUUUGCCUCUUUUAAAUAUCAUAAUGGAUGCUCUUCCACAACUCUAUCACUGGGAUUCCAAGGACAAGAGCGUGUACCCUGAUGAAUCUGGGUCCAUCACCCAGUCUGUAGCCCUGGCUAUAUCGGGAAGAGUUUCUGCGGACACUGCAGGCACCCAGUGCAGAGUUUCCUUAAGUUCUGAGGCUACGCGACACUUAUUGAUGUGCGUUCUAUGGGUACUGAAGGGUUUGGAACAGUCCGCGUUAGUGCAAUGGUGUGCAGAAUUAAGUUCUAGGCGUAUAUUAUGCCUUCUUCAAGUCCUGAAUAUUGCUACGGCAGCCUUUGAGUAUAAGGGUAAGAAAGCACUGAAGAGACUACCGCCACAGGCAGCAGCCACCAGUGAUAUUCGAUCCAGACUGGAGGAUGUGAUUCUCGGUCAAGGAAGUGCCAGAAGUGAAAUGAUGUUACGAAGAAAGGAGAGAAUGAGUGGGGACAAAUUGAGAUGGCGUAAAGAUCAAAUGCCUUAUAGAUCGUGCGAACAGUCAGAAGGGAGAGCAGUGGAACAAGAUGCUCAUAUAGAAGGUGCCUUAGCAGCUGAAGCCUCCCUUGUGGUCUUAGAUACUUUAGAAACAGUCGUUCAGGCUGAUGGUGGAGGAGGUGCAGUUGUAGGAGCAGUGUUGAAAGUACUUUUAAGGGCUUUGGCCAGAAAUCAAAGUACAUCUGUAUUGCAACACAUGUUCAACACGCAACGUGCUUUGGUGUUCAAAUACCAUAGUGCUCUGUUUGAUGAAGAAAGCGAAAGAUGCGGUGAUUUAUGUUUAACGUUACUAACUAGGUGUAGUUCUCCCUUAAGUGCUGUUCGCAGCCAUGCUGCUGCCAGUCUUUAUCUACUGAUGCGUCAGAACUUCGAGAUCGGUAAUAAUUUCGCACGAGUUAAGAUGCAAGUCACAACAUCUCUCUCAGCUCUCGUUGGAAGAGGAAGAGCUCCUAGCGAAGGAGCACUUAGAAGAGCAUUAAAGACAGUGCUAGUGUAUGCUGAGAGAGACACAGAAUUGGCAGACACAAGUUUUCCAGAACAAGUAAAAGACCUAUUAUUCAAUCUGCAUAUGAUACUAUCUGACACUGUUAAAAUGAAAGAAUUCCAAGAGGAUCCAGAAAUGCUUUUAGAUCUCAUGUACAGAAUUGCAAAGGGAUAUCAGGGUUCACCAGAUCUUAGGCUUACAUGGCUAGCAAACAUGGCUCAACAACACAUGGAAAGAAAAAACCAUACAGAAGCUGCUAUGUGUUUGGUACAUAGUGCUGCUUUAGUAGCAGAAUAUUUACACCUCCUGGAACCAGGUGGUGGUGGAAGACCAGUUGGAGCUGUUGCUUUAGCUCCUGUUACUCCAAAUGCUUUGGAGGAAAGUGCUGUUGGCGAUGAUGUGUUAGCAAGAAGAGAAGAAGGUCUAUGUUUGGGUCCAGAUUUUUCAGAAAGUGGCUUAGCAGGUUUAUUGGAACAUGCUGCCAGUUCUUUCCAUGCAGCUGGAAUGUACGAAGCUAUUCCUGAUGUGUACAGAGUAUUGCUUCCAAUUGCAGAAGCUGCUCAUGAUUACAAAAAAUUGGCUAACAUCCAUGGGAAACUUCAUGAAGCAUACACACGAGUGGAGCAAUUAGCAGGGAAACGAGUAUUCGGUACAUAUUUCAGAGUUGGUUUCUAUGGAGGACGAUUUGGCGAUCUUGCUGGCGAGGAAUUUGUUUAUAAAGAGCCUACUCUAACGAAAUUACCAGAGAUAUUUUCGAGACUUGAGAAUUUUUAUGCUGAAAGAUUCGGUGCCGAGAACAUUGUGAUAAUAAAAGACUCGAAUCCUGUAGACCCUAGUAAAUUAGAACCAGAUAAAGCCUAUGUUCAAAUUACUUAUGUAGAACCAUAUUUUGAGCCACAUGAACUCAGGCACAGACCAACUAUUUUUCAUAGGAAUUUUAAUAUCAAGAGAUUUGUGUAUGCAACACCAUUCACACCUGGAGGUAAAGCUCAUGGGGAGCUGAGAGAACAAUGUAAACGUAAAACAAUAUUAACAGUAGCUACACAUUUCCCUUAUCUGAAAACAAGAAUUCGGGUGGUGGCUAGAAAGCAAAUAGUUCUAAGUCCAAUUGAAGUUGCAAUUGAAGAUAUACAAAAGAAAACUGCAGAAGUUGCUGCAGCUACAGCUCAAGAACCACCUGAUGCAAAAAUACUGCAAAUGGUUUUACAAGGAUGCAUUGGAACAACUGUGAAUCAAGGACCAGCAGAAGUUGCAGUUGUAUUUCUCUCUGGAUUAAGAGAACAAAAUGCACAGCCUACUAGAUUGCAACAUAAACUGCGUUUAUGUUUCAAAGAUUUUUCAAAAAAGUGUCUGGAUGCUUUGAGAAGAAACAAGAACCUAAUUGGCCCAGAUCAGAGAGACUAUCAAAGAGAAUUGGAAAGGAACUACCAAAGAUUAACUGAGAGACUUACUCCUCUUAUUGCAUGGAGUGGACCCCCAUUAGGAAGCCAACAAAAUAUGCCAUCAAUAUCACCACGCUGGUAAAAUGACUGAAAUUUCUGCUAUUUAAAAGUUACCAAAGAUCACUGAUUGAGUGUUUCCAUUACCAGCAUAUACUUUUUAUAAUAUUGAAGUAUAAUAUAUAUAUAUAUAUAAACAUUAUAUUUAUAUUUAUCCAUUUUUUCAUAGCAAUAGAGCAUUUUUAUGUACUGAUAUAUAUAAUGUCUGACUUAGAUAAUUUAACAGAAUGCUAUAUCAGUACGUGAAGAAAGACUUGAGUAUUGAUUAAGAAAAAUUCCAACUAGUCCUUUAAUUGAAAAAAGACAAUUUGUUGCAAAAAGAUUCUUCAGUAAUUGAUGAAAUAACAGUAUUAUUUCAUACGAGAAAAGAUCUAUGAAAAAGUGUAUUCGAAUGAAAGUUUCGUUGACCAUAGUUUUUAUAUGCUUUUGAUUAAACUUCAUAUAACUUGUGCAAGACUUAACAUAGUUAGGUAAAAAUGUCAAUAUUAAAAUGAUGACACUAAUUUUUCAUAUAACUGCCUCUUUAAUAAUUGUGUAGAUAAGUAUUAUUUUCAAUUACCUAUUAUAACUUAUACGAAACACAAAUUCAAGCUGUGUCUAUAUUUUGCAUUACAAUGCACAAUAUACAGCCUAAAUAUAUCAAAGUUAAAUGUCUAUUUAUGUAUCUAGCAGUUAAGGAAGCUGUGAUUUUUCAAUCAAAUAGUAAUUUAUAUGAAUAUUUGAACGCUGUCAAUCAAUUAUUUAGUAAGUUCAACAGUAUAACUGGCAAAUGUACUUUCUAUAAUACCAAACAUAUUAUUCAUAUAUUUUUGAACAUUCUUGAUUAAUUUUUAUGCUUCUAGUCGAAAAUAUAAACAUAUUUAAUAUUCAACAAUGAGUGGAAGACAUUAAAUCACACUUGAAGCUUACUGAUACUUUAUACACGUAUAUUGGUAGCAUAGACUUCUUUACAUGAUUAUUGCAAAUAUCAAUUAAACAAUAAACAAUUGAUGCAGAAUAAGUAUUUGCAAGAAAUAAAACAAUUAUUGUAUUAGGAAAGCUAUUCAAAACUUUUGGAAAUAUAAUAAAUUUAUAUUUUAGUGAACUGUGGCUUACGGUAGCGAUACCCCAUUACAUUUAUACGAGAUAAUUUAACAGAAUUGCCGUGAAUGUAAACUUUUUGUAACUCACGAAAUAAUCGAAAUACAUGUCCAUUUUGUACUUCGCUA